UAUCUUGUCAAAUAAUUUUGAAAGCUCUCACGAGAAUUGAGAAUGUCAGUGUGGUUUUUUUUCUGAAAGAAAUUGAGAAUGUCACAAAAUACAGAAAGUAUAGAUAACCAAACUGGCGAUGAACCUAUUUCUGAAGCAACAACUGAAAUAACAGAGGUUACUGCUACUGAUACCCAGGAGAUAGCGAAUGAACCUGAUGAAAUACAGCAAGGUCCUGAAGAAUCACUUGAAACUCAUGAUGAAGAAGGUGAAGAAACCAAAGUUGAAGAAACAACCGAAACAGCUGAAGGUGAAACUGAAGUUGAAGCUGAAGCUGGAGAGAAGCCUGUAGAGGCUGCCGAUGACGAAACAAAACCUGUGGAAGCUUCGGUGGAAGGUAUUGAAUCAGAAGACGUAGAUUUCGAUGAAACGAAAAUUGCAGAAGAAAUUGACGAAGCUGAUAGAGACCAAGCCAUUGAGGGAGAACCGACAGAAGAAGUUGAUGCUACCCAGGAAGGAGAAGCUGAAGAAGGUUUAACAGAAGAGAAAGAAGAACUCACAGAAGGAGAAAAACUACUGGCGGAAAUAGAUACAACGAAAGUUAUCGAAGAGGCGGACACAGAAAUAGACUACCAACGUCAUGUGGUAUUAGACACUGAGGCUUCCCAUAUAACGCUCAACCCAGACGAUCUUCCUGAAAUAAGAGGUUUAGCUGAACUCGAAUACGAGUCCCCGGAUGACUCACAAAAGGAUGUGACCUUCGAUGACCUUUAUCUAUCUAGACGAAAAAGCGCCAGACCGUCACUUGCUGUCAAAUUGAUGGCGGAAGAAGAAGCAGCUGAGAAAAAACGAAGAGCCAGAAGAGAUCUGGCGAAAGGAAAGAAGGUCGCAGAAGAAGAAGAGGAAGAAAUCGCAGCCGUAGUGGUACCAUUAACCAGAGAAGAAAACUAUGCUCUCCACGAGAAACUGACCGCGGAACUCGCUUACAUUCGAAUGAAAAAUAAAUACCUCCAGCGCAAGAUGGCCGAUUUCUUCAAAAAGCGUAAAAUGGAGCACGCCCUUAGGGAGGAAAAUGAGAUACAUACCGAGGCUCUCCAGAAGUACGAGAAAAAGUUGGACCGUUUGGCCGAUUUGUUUGCCAUGUACAGCGCAGAGACCUCGAAGAUACAGGGAGAGUUGGACAUACAGCAGAAGGAGAAAGAAGAUAAAUACUCGGAGAGAGAUCAGCUUUUCCAGAGGGCGGUGAAUAGGGAGAGGGAGAUUGGUAUCGGUCUGAUCAGCACGAAGACUGGCAAGGAAAUUCCGGAUAAGGUUGUAGAGCAACUCAUACGCAGACAAGUCAACGCCACAAAGCAGAUAGCCGAUCUGAGAUUAAAAUUUAUAACAAAGAGAGACGAACUGGCUGAGAAAACAGCCGAGUUGAAGGCACUGGAUAACAUAGGAGAAGAUCUAUCCCUGAUGGACUAUGAACAGCUUAAGAUAGAGAAUAGAGCACAUUCGGACAAGUUAGAAGAAAAAGAAGAGGAACUCACAAAACUACGAGUAAAAUGUAGAAACGCAGUGCAAAUAAUGGCUCACGUUAGAGAAAAAUCUGCAGCACUGGAUGCAGACAUGGACGUUCUGAAAGAAGAAUUUGAAGAGGUCCACUAUCAAUAUAUAGAGAUUCGAGAGCGUCUCAACUUCUACAAAACCGAAAGAGACGUUAUAAGGAAUAAAACCAUGAAACUAAAGGCUGAAUCUGGUCUGCUGACGAAACCGAACCUAUUGCAAGACAUGGAGACUUCCAUGAAAGAGGUAAAACUCUACGAAAAAACUCUGGAGAAGGUGAAGAACGAGUACAACAAAAAGACCCAACAAAUUCGGAAUCUGAGGAAGAAUAUAGCCUACGAGAUGGUCAUGAGUAAGAAGCAGCCCAGGGAGAGGAAGAAGAAGAAGACAACGGCGAAGUUCUAUGGAGGAAGGCCUACCCUAAUUGUUCCGAGAUUACCGAAGACCUUUAUUGAUAGGUUGGAAGCAAAAUCGAAAGCAGUCAAUAAUCUGAAAGAAGAGUCAUAAUAUAAGAAUAUUUUAAUUCAUGUUGUUUCAAAGCGAUGUGGAAUAAAAUUUUUGAAUUGA